GCAUUUUGUCUAUCACGUGAUUGUUGUUGUACAGAUGGUGACACUCAUGUCAUAUAUCGUAACAAUUACAUUCUUGUUGUUAAUGUCUAGCUCAAGGAGUAUUUGGCCAGUAUUUUUCUCUAGAGCACCUGUAUUAAUAGUGACCUGAUCACUGUCUGACAGUGACACAGUCACAAUAUUAUUACAUCACAUAGAUAUCUACAACCAAGCACCUUAUAGAACUGCACUGAAGAGCAACCAUCAAGUUAAUUGCACUUGUGCUAUAGCUGGGGGGAUUAACGGCAACAAAAUGUGUAACACCUGAGAAUCUCACUCUUGACCCAUCUCCACAAAAUAUGGUAGCUCUUAACAUGUUAUGGAAGCUCUCUAUAGUUGUGGCAUUUGGGUUUUCCGCUACGGCUACCUCAACAGAUAUAGCCCCGGAGCAACCCAAGAAGGAAUCGUUCUUAAGUAGAUUCUUCGGUAAGAAUGAGAAAUCUGCCACUAAAUCUCAUGACGUAUCCGAACCGACGAAAAUUGACACUCAAAAACACAGUGAAACAGGUCUCCCCAAGUACGAUGUAGAGUGGUAUCUGUUACCAAAGCCCUUAAACAGAUUCUUCUUGUCACGUUGCCAUUUGUUAUCUCCUUGUGUGUGCCAUAUGACUGUAAUGAGGCAAUAGAGACCGAAGUGGAACAAGACGUCAGGAAUGUCUUCUUGUUGAGUGAAGAC